CCCGCCCGGCCGGGUCGGGCAGGCCACUCCUCAGGUGCGCUCGCCGCGCCAGGCCGCCGCCGCAGGGAGGACAACCGUGAUGACCGACUCCCCAUUCCUGGAGCUGUGGCAGUCCGAGGCGGCGUCCACCCGCGAGCGCCUGGGCCUCGGGGACCGGCCCAAUGACUCUUACUGCUACAACUCGGCCAAAAACAGCACCGUGCUCCAGGGGGUCACCUUCGGUGGCAUCCCCACUGUCCUGCUUAUAGAUGUCAUCUGCUUUCUGCUUUUAAUCUUGGUGUUUUCCAUCAUAAGAAGAAGAUUCUGGGAUUAUGGCCGCAUUGCCCUGGUGUCAGAAGCAGACAGGACAACCGUGAUGACCGACUCCCCAUUCCUGGAGCUGUGGCAGUCCGAGGCGGCGUCCACCCGCGAGCGCCUGGGCCUCGGGGACCGGCCCAAUGACUCUUACUGCUACAACUCGGCCAAAAACAGCACCGUGCUCCAGGGGGUCACCUUCGGUGGCAUCCCCACUGUCCUGCUUAUAGAUGUCAUCUGCUUUCUGAGCUAUCAGCGUGUUGUGUCUUUGAGGCCCUUGGGAAAGGUCCGUCUCACCGGGAUUGAUUACAUCGGCCUCCCAAAGACACAGGUGUUGGAAGCCAAUCCCUGUCCUCUCUGUUUGCAGGGAUGCUGCCCCUGGCUGACGGCGAUCUUCCGCCUGCACGACGACCAGAUCCUGGAGUGGUGCGGGGAGGACGCCAUCCACUACCUGUCCUUCCAGAGGCACCUCAUCUUCCUGCUGGCGGUGGUCAGCUUCCUGUCGCUGUGCGUCAUCCUGCCCGUCAACCUCUCGGGAGACUUGCUUGACAAAGACCCGUACAGCUUUGGGAGGACGACCAUAGCAAACCUGCAGACCGACAAGGACCUGCUCUGGCUGCACACCGUGCUCGCCGUCAUCUACCUCCUCCUCACCGUGGGCUUCAUGCGGCACCACACGCGGUCCGUCAAGUACAAGGAGGAGAGCCUGGUGAGGCGGACGCUGUUUAUCACAGGACUCCCCAGAGAUGCCAAGAAGGAGGCUGUGGAGAGCCACUUCCGGGACGCGUACCCCACGUGUGAGGUGGUGGAUGUUCGGCUGUGCUACCACGUGGCCAAGCUGAUGCACCUGUGCAAGGAGAGGAGGAAGACUGAGAAGAGCCUGACCUAUUACUCGAGCCUGCAGGCGAAGACGGGCCAGCGCACCCUCAUCAACCCCAAGCCCUGCGGCCAGUUCUGCUGCUGCGAAGUGCGAGGGUGUGAGUGGGAGGACGCCAUCUCCUACUACGCGCGCAUGAAGGACCGGCUGCUGGAGAGGAUCACGGAGGAAGAGCGCCACGUCCAGGACCAGCCCCUGGGAAUGGCCUUCGUCACCUUCCAGGACAAGUCCAUGGCCACCUACAUCCUGAAAGACUUCAACGCCUGCAAGUGUCAGGGCCUUCGCUGCAAAGGCGAGCCCCAGCCGUCCUCCUACAGCAGGGAGCUCUCUGCCUCCAAGUGGACGGUCACCUUCGCUGCUUACCCCGAGGACAUCUGCUGGAAGAACCUCUCUAUCCAGGGCCUGCGUUGGUGGCUCCAGUGGCUGGGCAUCAACUUCAUUCUCUUCGUGGGGCUGUUUUUCCUGACCACACCCUCCAUCAUCCUGUCCACCAUGGACAAGUUCAACGUCACCAAGCCCAUCCAUGCGCUGAAUGACCCGAUCAUCAGCCAGUUCUUCCCAACCCUCCUGCUGUGGUCCUUCUCAGCCCUGCUCCCAUCCAUCGUCUACUACUCCACGCUGCUGGAGUCCCACUGGACCAAGUCAGGGGAAAACCGGAUCAUGAUGACCAAGGUCUACAUAUUCUUGAUCUUCAUGGUGCUGAUCCUGCCCUCUCUGGGCCUCACCAGUCUGGAUUUUUUCUUCCGGUGGCUCUUUGACAAAACUUCCACGGAGAGCACCAUCAGGUUGGAGUGCGUCUUCCUGCCCGACCAGGGCGCCUUCUUCGUGAACUACGUCAUCGCCUCGGCCUUCAUUGGCAACGGCAUGGAGCUGCUGCGGCUGCCCGGCCUCAUCCUCUACACCUUCCGCAUGAUCAUGGCCAAGACGGCCGCCGACCGCAGGAACAUCAAGCAGGUGCCACCCGCUGGGCACGGAGCUGUGCCUCCGACUCCCUCCCCCAGCCCACGGGCCUCUCACCCCAGUGAGCCCGGCGUCUUCCCAGCAGAAGAACCAGCAGGUGACAAAGGAAUCGAGGCAGAGGCCCGAGAGCCUCCACCGUUCACACCCUACGUGCCUCGGAUUCUGAGUGGCUUGGCCUCGGAGAGGACAGCCCUGUCCCCGCAGCUGCAGCAGACCUAUGGUGCCAUCCACAACAUCAGUGGGACUCUCCCUGGAGAACAGUUGGCCCGGAGCCCUGCGGACGGUGUGGCCACUGCCCACUCGGAGGCCUGAGGGUGGGCGAGCUGCCGGGCUGGGCCAGGCUCGGGGGAGCCCGGGAGACGAGAAGACACACGUGGAGAAGUGGCUGGACUCCAACCCCAACCAAGUCCAUUGUUCUAAGCCCCCCUGCUCUGAAAAGAUGGAAGCAGAAAGACCAGGGCCUCCGGUCUUUGGCUGAAGGGGAAAGGGUCGAGAUGCCAGUCAGCGCCAUUGGGUGCUGGUGCCAGCAGCGGUGAGGGGAGGACAUGCAGCUCCCUGCCCUCACUGCUGACCUGAGGCUCUGCGCGUUUCCCAGCCCGCUGCCCACGAGCUCCUGGCUGUGGAGCUGGGGUGAUGUGUGCAGCGGUUUGCAGCCAAGAUCACGUGUUGGAUGUUUGCCCCCAGACCGAUCAGCCCUGGAGACUGUAUCUGGUAACGAGCGGGAAAGACCUCCUCCCUCUGAGCUCCCAAACACUGCCCGUCCUCUAGGCACACGCACAGUGGAUCCCCAAAGAGCCCCAGCAGCUGCGGCCCGUGCUCAGUCCUGCCCGGGCCCCAGCCCUCCCCGCGCUCCCAGGGCGGACCGUGAGGAGCGGGCUGAGGUAGCCAGGGCUCGCUUCUGCUGGCUCCUGCCAGCCGCGCGCACACCUCCACGUCCUGCUGCGGGCCUGUGUUCGUCAUGUUGUCAGGGACACUCUGACUGGGUCAGGGUCAAAGAGGACAGAGGACCACGAAUACAGUGCCCAUUGGACCACACAGGUGAGAUAUAGCCUCUGCCCACCCCUUCAGGUGGGUGGGGUCUAGGCAGGCUCCGUGCAGCUCAUCUGUGUCUGCUCCCGCCAAGGUGGAGGGGCAGGGCAGGGCCUCCUCGGAGCCAAGAAGAGGCGCAGCCGGUGUGCAGGGCAGGAGGAGGAGGGGUGUCUGGGCUGCCUGCCGUGCCCGUCCCAUUGCCCUUGAGCGGUGACCCAGGCAGGAAGGACAGGCCUUUUCCUUCCCGGUGGGAUUCUGGGGCUGGGAUGGGCUUUUGCCCAAGGAGCCUCAUCCCUGCUGCCUCCAGGGGCCAUCAAGGCCCACGCUGGAGUGGUGGGGGCGGGCAGGGGGGCGUGAGAGCCAUCGAAUGAUCUCAGGCUCCUUCUAUCCCAAUAGGGCUGGGUGCGGCAGGGCCCUGGUGGCCCUCCUCAGACCUGCCUGUGCUUGUCCCCUGGCCUGGCUGGGCCUGGGCUCCUCACAGCCUGGCCCCUCUUAAUGCUGACCUGCACCAGGGGUCACUCAGCCAUGAGGCCUCUGCUCUGAGAUGCCUGGCACUGGGAGGGAGUGGCCUAGUGCCGUGGGUCCUUUGGGGACCACCCUGGUGCAGUGUGGCCCUGGGCAGCAGAGGGCAGCCCUCCCCCAACACAGACAGCACACCGCCAGCUCUGCUCUGGAAGGGGGACCCGAUGUGGGGUCGGGGCACAUAAAUGUCAAAGGUUCCAGCUGGUCUCAGAAGUAAAAUCAUUUAUUAUCAAAGCCAUGUUGCGUACAUGGGAGUAUGUGGGCUCCCGGCACAGGCAGGGGACGGGGCAGACGCCACAGAGCUGGGGCACCUUCCCCAGGAAAAGCCUGGAGGGCGCCGGGGUGCGGCAUGGGAGUCACUGCCGCUCCAGCAGCGACACGAA